ACUUUCUCCUUUUCACAUUCUUCUUCAUUUUACCAUUUCAUAUAACACAAAUUCAACUUCAAAACAUACUUUCAUCAAUGGAGGAGGUUAAAUAUCAAGAGGAGUGUAUAAAAAAUUCAAGAGGGGUACAACUCUUCACUUGCAGAUGGCUGCCUAUUUCUUCUCCAAAAGCACUUGUCUUCCUCUGCCAUGGUUAUGGCAUGGAAUGUAGUAACUUCAUGAGAGGAUGUGGGACAAAGCUAGCAAGCUAUGGGUAUGCAGUGUUUGGGAUAGAUUAUGAAGGACAUGGCCGGUCUAUGGGUGCCCGUUGUUAUAUUAAAAAGUUUGAUAACAUCAUUAGCGAUUGCUGCAACUACUUCAAACUCAUUUCGGGAAAAGAUGAAUACCGGAACAAGAAAAGAUUCUUGUAUGGGGAGUCAAUGGGUGGUGCAGUCGCGCUUCUUGCACAUAAAAAAGAAGCAAAUUUCUGGCAUGGUGCCAUUCUUGUUGCUCCUAUGUGCAAGAUAUCUGAGAAGGUGAAGCCUCACCCGUUAGUGAUAAGCGUUCUAACAAGAGUAGAAAAUAUAAUUCCCGCAUGGAAGAUUGUACCUACGAAGGAUGUUAUUGAUUCCGCUUUCAAAGACCCUGUUAAGAGAGAGAAGAUUCGUGGUAACAAGCUUAUUUAUCAAGAAAAGCCCAGGCUUAAAACAGCUCUUGAAUUGCUUAGAACUAGCAUGCGCCUAGAAGACACGCUAAAUGAGGUAACGUUUCCCUUCUUAGUGUUGCACGGAGAAGCUGAUUCAGUAACAGAUCCAGAAGUAAGCAAGGCUUUGUAUGAUCAAGCAAGCAGUAAAGAUAAAACCAUAAAGUUAUACCCUGGAAUGUGGCACGGAUUAACUGCUGGAGAGACAGACCAUAAUAUUGAGAUUGUUUUUGGUGAUAUUAUCUCUUGGCUUGACAAAAGAUCAAGUGAUGAGCUUACAAUUACUAGUACUACCUGUGACACUACAUCAGCCACCGUAUUAGUGGACAAAUCCGUACAGCACACGAACCUUCGUGGGUGGAAAGUACUGCUGCAUUCCUCCAUGUAGCCACUACACCCAAUAUGGUUUAUGUUGUUCAAGUUGAAGAGUUCAAGCAGUCAAGUACUUCCAAGUUUCAAUGCAUAUAUGGUUCGUGUGCAUAACCUCACUUAUAUCUAAAUUUUGAGUAGUGAUAUAUAAACAUAUCCAUUAGUAAGCCUAAUCAAGUCAACUAUUUACGGAUUUCACUCAAUCACUUUUCUCGUCUUCACCUUCAAUUUUGCCAUUCGUGUCUUAGAUUUAUUUCUUAGUGUUUGGGCUUAUGAAUUUUAGUCAUAUUUAUCAAUUUUGUUAAAUUUUUGAA